GGUCGAAUUUCUCCGGCGGCAUUUUCAUAAUUUUCUUCCCGAAGAUUGCACAUAAAUCGAACCCGUUCCGAGAAAGUGACAAACCAUGUCUACCCGGUGGUAUCCGAUCUUCCAGCGCGGCAACCCUCAGCUACGGGUUUUCCUUCCAAAUUUCUGGAUGAAACUGGUUCGACCGGAAUACGAACAACCGCCGAAUGUGGUGCAGUUUGCCUGCUCAAUGGAAAUGACCAAAUAUGACGUGAAGAACUACCUAGAAAAGAUCUACAACAUUCCGGUGGUGGACGUUCGUACGCGGAUAGCCAUGGGUAAGACCAAGCGGGACAUGGUUAUGGGUUAUAUCUCGAAGCAUGAUGACACCAAACUGGCCUACGUCACACUGCCGAAGGAUAUGAAAUUCGAGUUCCCCAAUCUGUUUCCGGCGGAAGCCAAGCAACAACUGGAAGACGAUAAGAAAUCGUUGGAUGAAGCUAAGAAAAAUCACAAGAAGUAUCUAGAAAAGAACAAACACCGACCCGGCACUCCCGGGUGGUUUUCGAUUUAGGAUUCUGUUUAGUUAUUGUCAUCAGUAGGAAUUUGUAAUAAACGUAUAUCGAACUAGUCCAAUCGAA